GAAGAUUUCUACAUUUCGGAUUUUUCUUUCUGGCGAUCAGCUUCUUUUGUAUUGAAUUUGAAUUCGUAAUAAUUCGUACAAUAUCGAAGGAACAUCUGUAGAUUUCCAGUUUUGAUUAUUCUCAACAGAGAAGUGCGUAAUCACACAACGUCUAGUUAUGUAUUUGAAAUUUAGGCGGCGAUGCUUGUUUGUAUAAUUCCAUUGAAUUGAUAAAUCAUUAGUUCGAUUUCUCUGGUUUUAAUAUUAACUUGACAAUUUAACCAGGAAUCUUGUUUCCCCUCUUUUUCAAUUUGCUAUUAUGUUAGUUUGCAGUCAGGAAAUCAAUGAAUGAAGGUUUUCUUUGAAAAUAUUUGAUAGGAGUUGAGAAUGGAUUCCUCCCAUCGUCGAACCCUUACGGUUUCUCAGAAAAAUCCAGAAGAAGGUGGUGGGGGUUGGUAUUUCUCUAAGAAGGAAAUCGAAGAAAAUUCCCCUUCUAGACAAGAUGGUGUUAGUUUGGAGAACGAGACUUUUCUACGCUGGUCUCAUUCGAAUUACUUACAAGAUUUGGGCAAGCUGCUAACAGUGCCUCAGUUUACGAUUGCGACAGCAAUUCUAUACUUCCAACGCUUCUUUCUUCGCCAGUCCCACAAGAAAAACAAUGCUGGGAUCAUUGCCAUUGCAUGUAUGUUUCUUGCCGGUAAGGCUGAAGAAAUAUGUUAUCCUGUAACUAAGUUCGUUCUUUCGGCUUAUAAACUUCGACAUAGAAGUGAAGCUGUGCCACUCAGCAGGGGGCAGAGGGUACUACUGCUUGAGCCCAAUUCCUUUUUUUUUUCUUAUUGAUUAUUGACCUUCUAUUCCUUUUUUAUGGAUGUCCGUUGGCUAUAAAUGAAAAACUUGUAAAGCAUUCAAGCCUCUACAAAGUUUGAUUUUUGUAUAUAUGAGUGGUGCAUCAAAAGAAAUGCCUCUCAAGUACUUGUAAUCGGUUUUAUGAGUGGUGCAUUAAAAGAAAUGCCUCUCAAGUACUUGUUAUUUGAUGGUCUAUUCUCUGCCCAGGUAUCAUCCGAGGAAUCUGAAUUUAUAUUAUUGCAUUGGGA